AUGUCAUUCAACAAAUACAAGUGCCACUACUUUGAGGAAAACAACUGGUGCUUGAAGUUAAGCCCUUUAUACCAGCAUGGUUUAGUUACAUCUUUGAGUAACGGGUCCAUCCACUUGAUGGACUGGAACAACUUAAAGACGAUCUCCAGCAUCCAAUGCCACGGAUCCUCCAUCAACGAUAUGAAAGUGAUAAAUUCGGAUUUCGAUGCAGGGUCUCUUAUAGCCACUGCGGCAGAAGACGGUGUCAAAGUGUGGGAUGUGAGAUCCAAGAGCAACGUUGCCCUUUUGCAGAACGAGAAGAGCUCUCCAUUCUACUCAUUGGACUCGCGCCACAACUUGCUGGCGUGUGGUACGGAAUUGAAGGACUACGAUGCCGAGUUACACAUCUACGAUAUCAGAAACUGGUCGAAACCGGUGAGGUCGUUUAUCGAUUCUCAUCACGACGAUAUAACGGACAUUAAAUUCCACCCAUGCGAUCCUAACUUGCUGAUGAGCGGGUCCACCGAUGGUUACGUUAACAUAUACGAUCUGACACAGCCGGAAGAGGAAGAUGCGUUGCACCAGGUGAUAAACUUUGCGUCGAUCCAUUCGUGCGGAUGGCUUGCUCCAAACAGAAUCUGGAGUUUGUCGCACAUGGAGACGUUCGCGGUGCAUGAAUUGAACGACAAGUCCAACGAUAUGGUCGAGCCUAAGCCAUUAGAGUUCGGGGAUAUAAGAGAAAAGUGGGGGUGCGACUACGUGAUUGAUGUGUAUCCGUCCUUCAUUGCUACUGGCAAAUCGCACGACACAAGAGGGGAGCUCAAGAUAAUACCGUUCCAAAACGAAAGAGCAGACGUGGAAAACGCGUUGGUGAUACCCGAUGCUCAUGGAAACGAAGUGAUUAGGGACGUUCUAAUCCCCAAGAAUAGCAAUAACCUGCUCUACUCUUGUGGUGAAGACGGUUACGUCAAUGUGUGGAAGGAUACUACAAAUUCUCUAAACGUGCCAAGCGAGUUCUGGGAUUACACUCAGCCGUUCGUUGCUUUUGCCAAUUCGGUAGCAGAGGUAGAUAUGGACAUGGAUGAAACCAUGGAAACUGGUGCAACACACACACAAGAAAGUUCUGAUUCGAGCUCGAGCUCGAGCUCAUCUGACGAAGAGGAUAAGAAGAAGAAGAAGGACAAGAAGGACAAGAAGAGUAAGAAAGACAAGAAGGACAAGAAGAAGAAGGAUAAAAAGACUAAAAAGGAAAGGAAGGAAAAGAAGAGUAAGAAGGACAAAGAACACCGUUACAAACCUUACUAG